GUUGAUAGCUAUAGGAUAAUUAUUUGUGUAACACUGUAUUGAUUAAAAUGGGAAAACCAAAAGUAAAGAAAGGAAAGAAGAGGAAAGAUCCAGAAGACGACCCAGACUUCUAUGAGGAUGAAGAUGACUUUGAGGAUGACCAAGAAGUUCAAGCAAAAGCUGUAGUCCCAGCGGCUGCUGGAAGGAAUAUUGACAGCAACACUACUACAGCAUCGAGUGCUCUUUUAGAUAAGUUCGGAGCCAAGGACUACCGUUCCAACAUGGAGAUGAAAAAGGACCACGCUUCCAGGCCUUUAUAUCUUGCUCCUGAUGGUCAUAUCUUCUUGGAGUCAUUUUCACCAGUAUACAAGCAUGCUAGGGACUUUUUGAUCGCAAUUUCGGAGCCGAUUUGUCGUCCAAAAUUCAUCCAUGAAUUUCGUCUUACCCCAUACUCACUUUAUGCUGCUGUCAGUGUAGGUUUGGAUACCGAAGAUAUAAUUGAGUAUCUAGGUCGACUCAGUAAGACCUCCAUUCCUCCUGGUAUAGUAGAAUUUAUACGUCUUUGUACCCAAAGUUACGGUAAAGUGAAACUUGUGCUAAAGCACAACAAAUAUUAUGUUGAGAGCUCACAUGUGGAUGUUAUACAAACAUUACUAAGAGAUCAUGUGAUUGCAAGUUGUAGAAAAGCUGUAACUGAAGAAGAAAAUGGAGAAGCUACUACUUCAGGUGGUUUACAAGUGUCUACACUUGUUAGCAAGCAAGCUUUGCAGGUGAACAAACCAUCAAACAAUGCUGAGGAAGGACAAACAGCAGAGGAUCAGAAUGAGUCUGCGGUUCCAAAGGAUAUAUAUGACUUUUAUGAACAAAUAGAUAAAGACGAUGAAAACGCAACUGAAGAAACGCAAGUUGUUUCAUUUGAAGUAAAUCAAGAGAUGGUGGAAACUCUGCAGAAACGUUGUAUAGAAUUAGAAUACCCCCUGCUUGCGGAGUAUGACUUUCGUAAUGAUACAAUCAAUAAAGACUUAAAAAUAGACCUCAAACCAACUACUGUGCUACGUCCCUAUCAGGAGAAAAGUUUGAGGAAGAUGUUUGGAAACGGGAGAGCCAGGAGUGGAGUCAUUGUUCUUCCUUGUGGAGCAGGAAAGACACUUGUUGGAGUGACUGCAGCUUGUACUGUAAGGAAACGAUGUAUGGUCCUCUGUACAUCUGGUGUCGCUGUUGAGCAGUGGAGAUCUCAGUUUAAGAUGUGGUCAACUGCGGAUGACAGCAUGAUAUGCAGGUUUACUUCAGAUGCAAAGGACCGCCCUCAUGGAUGCAGCAUUGCGAUUAGCACUUAUUCCAUGAUGGGGCAUAGCAUGAAGAGGUCCUAUGAGUCAGAGAAAGUUAUGGAAUGGAUUCGAAGCCAGGAAUGGGGUCUUAUUGUGCUUGAUGAGGUACACACUAUACCUGCAAAGCAGUUUAGGAGGGUGUUAACCGUUGUGCAGUCUCAUUGCAAACUGGGCCUUACUGCGACAUUGGUAAGAGAGGAUGACAAAAUUUCUGACUUAAAUUUCUUGAUUGGUCCAAAACUGUAUGAAGCAAACUGGAUGGAGCUACAGAACGGUGGAUUUAUUGCAAGGGUGCAAUGUGCAGAGGUCUGGUGUCCAAUGACCCCUGAAUUUUAUCGGGAGUACUUGAGUAUUAGGUCAAGAAAACGCUUGCUGCUUUAUGUAAUGAAUCCAAACAAGUUCAGAGCAUGUCAGUUUCUUGUUCGUUUCCAUGAGCGCAGGAAUGAUAAAAUUGUGGUGUUUUCCGACAAUGUUUUUGCAUUGAAAGAGUAUGCUGUAAGAAUGGGGAAACCAUACAUUUAUGGUCCCACAACGCAAGGGGAAAGGCUGCAGAUCCUUCAGAACUUUAUUCACAACCCUAAAGUGAACACCAUCUUUAUCUCAAAGGUGGGUGACAACUCUAUUGAUCUUCCAGCUGCAAAUGUCCUCAUUCAAGUGUCAUCACAUGGAGGUUCUCGAAGGCAGGAGGCGCAGAGACUUGGAAGAAUUCUUCGUGCCAAAAAAGGAUCACUAGCGGAAGAGUAUAAUGCCUUUUUCUAUUCUUUGGUGUCCCAAGAUACUGUUGAAGUUGCAUAUUCCACAAAGCGUCAAAGGUUUUUAGUAGACCAGGGAUAUUCAUUUAAAGCAAUCACUCAUCUAACUGGAAUAGAUGAAGAAGAGCAACUUGCCUUUACCACCAAGGAUGAACAGCAUGCUCUUCUUCAGAAAGUCCUCGCUGCGAGUGAUCUUGACGCAGAAGAGGAAAUGGUUCCAGGAGAAUUUGGAGUUGGAGAUAAAGGCAAGGGAGGAUUCCGAAGAGCGGGAGCAAUGAGCUCCAUGUCUGGGGCGGAUGACUCCGUUUAUAUGGAGUACCGAAAAACAAAACAAAGAAAAGGUGUUCAUGACCUUUUCAAACAAUUUCGAUAAUGACAUUGCAUUUCUCCCAAACUCUUCUUUACGUUUCUUAUAUCUUCAGUUUCUUGCGAAACUUAACAGUGAUUUUCUUUCCCUGUUUUUUUUUGUUUGUGUGUGUCUCUUCUCUAUUUAAUUUUUUUAAUACAUAUUUCACAUGUAAAUUACUGCCAACUUAUCUAGUAUCUACUGUAAAUGCUGGAAAUUAAAAAUCAAUGUAACUGACUAACCAUGAUGGUAAAAUACGAAAAUAAAUUGUAAUAUCACAAACUGCUAUUUCAGA